AUGACACGAGAGGCCGACUUCAUGGCUACAUCCGGAGACGAGCUCAUGGGUGGACACUCGAACAGCGGGUGUUCGGACGAUGGUGCGAACGAGCUGCCACCUCGCCCGACGAGCCGGCUUGGCUUCAAUGGCUCGGACGAUGAAGACGACGACGACGACGACGACGACGUUGAGCCCCAGAGAAAUCGUGCGGGGAGCGUGUUCGAGUGGACCCUGGGAUUGUUUACGGCAACCCAAACCAACCCCGACAACGAUGGUGAUGCCAAUUUAGACAGCUCUGAUUCAGACGAAGAAGACGCCGGCGCCGACUACGGAAGUGAGCUCUUGUUGUUCCCCCCACCGCCUAGACCUUCACUUGAACGGUCCCCUCCACCUGAAUACUGUCCCCCUCAACCCAUGCAGUUCGACGAGGUCGCUCACUUUUCUUGUCUUCCGUCUCCCCUCUCUCCGUGCUACCUGGUGGAACCUUAUCCAUCGAGACCGAAAUCCCCCGUCCUUCCACGCCAUGACCAUCGCCACCACGGUCGCUCUCACAACGCCCUGCUUCAUUUCAAAUGGUUCUGGUCCAUGCGAGAGGAAGAGUGGCAAGACCACGAGCUAGACGCCCAGGAAGCGGACAAGCUCAGCAGAUCCCCUACGACACGACAAUCCCUACCGUCGUUGACCAAGACCAGCUUCCAGAAGUCAAAAAAAUUAAAACAGGCUUCGCGCUUCUCACCUCUAUCUAUUCAUCCCCGGCGCGGCGAUGUCCUCGCCCUCCGUGAUCCCUACUGUGCGCUUGUUGAUAGAUGCUUCGCAGAAUUACCCAUGUGGACAAUGGCGAAGACGCUUUGGAUGUUCGACUUACAAAUGGGCCUCGAGAUAUCGUCCCAUCGUAAGUCAGACUCGGAUUCUAGUGAUGAUUCAGAGUAUAGCGCCGGCUGCGCUAUCAGGACUAGAGACGCACGAGCUCUGUCAACAUCAAGCGGAGCCAGUGACGACUCCGAUGUCACACUCGUCGAAAGCGAUAUCGAUGUAGAUGAAGACAUGGAGCCAGUUGAGGAAACGACUCUCAACGAGAUGGCAGACACGAGCGUAUCCGUGGAAAGUCCUCCAGAUGCCUUUUUAUCUGCCGAGACAUCCUCCAGCAAAGGCCGAGAUGCUAGCGACGACAUUAUUCACAAACCACACCCACCCUCAUCCCCGAAAUCCUCUCCGAAAUCCUCCAGAGUCUCGUUAUCCUCACACACUAAGUCACGUUUCGCGUCACGGCCUCCGUAUUUCAACCCGAGCUUCCCUUCCGUUGCUCGCUCCCUUGGGUACCAUCAUAAAUCACGUAGCAUGGGCUGGGAAACGGACUGGUACCGUCGGUGGGAUUUGUUGACCGAUAUCAUCCGGCUCGACCGAGACUAUUCUUCGCGGCAGUCGGCUUCUCCUAAAGCGAGUUGCUCGUCGUUGAGCGACACGUCGCGGCGGUUCUUCUUCGCUGUUGACGAUGAAGGGGACGAAGAUAGAUCGUUUCGUACGGUAUCCUAA